GCAGGAAGGCUGGCAGGAAGUUCAGCCAUUCCUUGGUAUCUUCAUACCACUGUGAAUCUGAUGACAGUGAGUCUGUGAUGUCCACUUCUCGAGUUUUACCCGCCUUUUCUCUUGGCCUUGCAGACAUACCAGGUGGCAAAGCAUGGGUGAACUCUCUUUCUAUGGGAAUGGUCUUCUUCUGUUCUCCAAUAGUCAGCAUAUUCACAGACCUGUUUGGUUGUCGAAAAGUAGCUGUUAUUGGAGCUGCACUAGGAUUUGCUGGACUCCUUUCAAGCUCUUUUGUAAGCACCAUUGAACCGCUAUAUUUCACCUAUGGAAUUUUAUUUGCCUGUGGCUGCUCAUUUGCGUACCAGCCAUCCUUGGUCAUUCUUGGGCACUAUUUCAAGAAACGCCUUGGACUAGUGAAUGGCAUCGUCACUGCAGGCAGCAGCUUGUUCACCGUGUCACUGCCCUUCCUCUUGAGAGUUUUGAUUGAUUCUGUUGGCCUAUACAACACCUUGCGAGUCCUGUGCAUCCUUCUGUUUAUUCUGUUCCUGGCUGGCUUUACGUACAAACCUCUUGUUUCCAAUGCCAAAGACAAAGAGGGAGGAAAGAAGGGAAAGUUCAGAUUUCCUCCUGAAAAAAAGAUUUGCAAUUUCUCAGUUUUCAGAGUUCUCAGUUACCGAAUUUGGGCUUUUGGGAUCCCAGCUGCACUUUUUGGAUACUUUGUGCCUUACGUUCACUUGAUGAAGCAUGUAAAAGACAGAUUUGGUGACAGCGUGCCAGAAGAAGUGCUUCUGCUGUGUCUGGGCAUUACUUCAGGAGUUGGCAGAUUGAUCUUUGGCAGAGUUGCAGAUUAUAUUCCUGGUGCAAAAAAAAUUUAUCUACAGGUGGCCUCAUUCUUCUUUAUUGGCCUGAUGUCUAUGAUGAUUCCAUUGUGCCAUGCCUUUGGAGGCCUCAUUGCUGUCUGUCUCUUCAUGGGCCUGUUUGAUGGGUGCUUCAUUUGCAUUAUGGCUCCUAUUGCCUUUGAGCUUGUUGGAGCUCAGGAUGUCUCCCAGGCCAUCGGAUUUCUACUAGGACUCAUGUCAAUACCUAUGACAGUUGGUCCACCCAUUGCGGGUUUGCUGCGCGAUCAACUUGGCACCUAUGAUGUAGCAUUCUACCUGGCUGGAGUCCCUCCCAUUAUUGGCGGUGCUGUAUUAUGUUUCAUCCCCUGGGUCCAUGAACGGCAGAAGUUAAAAGGAAGAGCAAAGCCUGUUGAUGGAGAAACUACUGAGAAAAUGCUGGAAAACGAAAGCACUUUGGUGUCGGACACUGUAGAAAAAACAGUCAAAGAAAUGGAAUCUGGUUUUUGAUGCUUGCUUUUCGUGUACCUGCCCGACCUUCUGCUGAAGCUAGAUUUGUACUUUUUGGCUGAAGAUACCAUAUGAUACUAAAGAAGUUUUGGACUAUUGUUCAAAUUUCAAAACUGCUUUAAGAAUCUUUUAUACCAUUGAACUUUUUUGGAUGAGUCGUUGAAAGUGUGGCUUGAAAUCAAACUCAAGGUAUUUGAAGUUUCGUAGCAUUAGUGUGUACGUGCGUAGUGAUUCUGUGUGUGAAGAGAAUAUUUUUCUAAUUUGUUAUAACCUGUUUCUGGAAGUGUGAAAGCUGUUUUUGGUUUACUGACCCAGGAUUCUUCAAUAACUUUUAUGGCCCAUCCAAUGCAGGCACACCUGUGGGUGUUUAUACUGGAAAACAUAGUAGCUCUUAUGACUGAUACGUUUUUUUGAAGUUUCUCACGCUGUUUUACAGUCUCUUACAAUUCUAUAUC